GGGAGAGAAGGCCCAAAAAAAUUAUCGACUCGAGCUCCUCUUUCUCUCUGCGCCUGCGGUGGGUGAAGCUAGGCUCUCGUCAUCGUCCGCCUUCCUCAACUCUUUGCUACUCUCUUUCAGUUCCUUCUGAAACCAAAGCAAGAAUGGAAAUGGCCUGCAAUCAAAACCCUACCAGCAUCAUGUGGUUCUUCAGAGACAGAGGUUUCGACGAGUCGGGCAUCAAUGACAUGUUCACCAAGUGCAAGCGUCUUGAAGGCGUGCACAAGGAUAGAGCAUCUGAGAACUGGGAUUUCUUGAAAAGCAUUGGCAUUCAGGAAAGGAAGCUCCCUUCAAUCAUCUCCAAGUGCCCCAGAAUCCUGUCCCUUGGACUCCACGAGAGGCUCGUCCCAAUGGUGGAGUGUCUUGCUACCCUAGGCACCAAACCCCAUGAAGUUGCCUCCACCAUUACCAAGUUCCCUCACAUACUCGCUCACAGUGUGGAAGAGAAGCUGUGCCCUCUUUUGGCCUUCUUUCAGGCGCUCGGUAUUUCCGAGAAGCAAGUUGGCAAGCUGAUAAUGCUCAACCCGAGGCUGGUCAGCUAUAGCAUUGAUACCAAGUUGAAAGUGAUGGUUGACUUCCUUACUGGUCUCGGCUUGACCAAAAACGGCAUGGUUGGCAAAGUCGUGGUCAAACACCCCUUCAUUGUGGGGUACAGUGUCGAUAAAAGGCUUCGCCCUACAACCGAGUUCCUCAGGUCAUCAGUUGGCCUUACUGCAGCUGAUCUUCAAACUGUGGUUGUCACGUUCCCUGAGGUUCUUUGUAGGGAUGUGGACAAGACUCUGAAACCCAAUUUGGACUUUCUCAAGAGAUGUGGCUUUGGGGAUGCACAGCUGGUAGCUCUGGUCACUGGUUACCCUCCGGUUCUGAUCAAGAGUAUUCGGAAUUCUUUGGAACCAAGGAUCAAGUUUCUGGUUGAUGUUAUGGGGAGGCAACUCAAUGAAGUUGUUGAUUACCCGCACUUCUUCCAGUGUGGGUUAAGGAAGACGUUGCAAUCCAGGCACAAACUCUUAAGAGAGAGGAACAUAGAUUGUAGCUUGAGUGAUAUGUUGAGCUGUAAUCAUAAGAAGUUCUUCAUGAAGUAUGGUAUGGUUCAAGAACAAGCCAAAGGUUAAAUUCUGUCUGUUGUAAGAUUUCCUUCCUUCACGGACUUGGGAUAUUGAAUUGGAUUUGUGGAUGCAUUUUGAGGCUCAGCUUUUAUGUUUGCUCUGCAUCUGGGUGCCUUCUAGCCUUGUAGCUUCAUGGCAAGCUGCUAUUUCGACUAAGAGUUAUUUGUUCCUUAGAGAAACUUGUUGACAGCAUUUCACAGUUGUUGGAUGUUUGCUUCCUGUAUAUUAUGCUUCAAUGCACAUGGAGAUACAAGAGGCACUAACUGAGAGUAGGUUUGUGCCCAUCUGAUGUUGGAACCCUCUAAGUACAAUCUCUC